ACCGUUUCCGUCCGGAGCAGAAGAGAUGUUGCACAGCCUCGACCAAACGGUUUCCUAACGAUACGAAACAUCAACAACCAGCUACACAAGGUUUCGUUGCGGUAAAUACAUACCACUACUAGCACAUUUAUAAAAUUGUGCGUUUAAAACCGGCUUAUUUAAAUGUUUUAUUCCCGUUAUAUUUUCUCGCUACGUUGUUCAGAGACAAAUAAACUGCAUCCAUCAAAAACAGUGAAUGUCACACAUUGAGGAAAUCCAACUGAAUGUUCCGAACAUGGAAAUCUCUCACUUAACAGUUUAAAGCGGAGUUUAGUUCUUGUGUUGCCUGUUUUGUUUUAGUCAGUAAGUUUACGUCAAGUAGCCCUUGGCAGAGCAGACAUGGCCGACAGCAGCAUUGUAGACAUGGAUCCAGAUGUUGCUCGGAGGCUGUUUGAGGAGGGAGCUACCCUGGUGCUGGUGGGUGUUCCUCAGGGUACAGAGCUGGGGAUUGACUGCAAGAGUUGGCAGGUUGGUCCCCGCUUCAAGGGUGUGAAGAUGAUCCCCCCAGGCCUGCACUUCCUCCACUACUGCUCUGUUAACCCGCCAAGCUGUGGAGGAGAAAUUGGCCCAAAGAUGGGCCUCUUCCUCACUCUCAAGCCCAGAGAGAUCCUGUUGGCCAACUGGGAUCCCAAAGAAGAAGAUCUGGACUUCUCAGCCUCCCAGAACAAAGAGGAGGUGAGCCGGAUCAGGGCGACUUUGCGAGACCUGGAUCCUUUCCUGGGGCCCUAUCCAUACGAGGUGAUGAGGAAAUGGGUGUCCCUCACUGACCGUCUGAGCGAGGAGGUGGUCAGUAACUUGCAGCCCCUUUCAGGUCGUAUAUGUGCCUUCAGUGACGUCAUCCCUGAGGUUCAGUUCAGACACACCAAAGACAGGGCAGAGCAGCCGAGGAAUGACACAGCCUGUCAGAGCAUGAAGGAGGGACUCAACAAGCUCCCUAGGAUGAAGCAGAGGGAGGGGACGGAGUUGCGCUUCUCGGUUAUCCCAGAGAAGACCUACCCUCCAGGGGCUACACCGGCCGAGAUCACCCAGUGCAGCCUGGACCUGAGCUACGCCCUGGAGACUGUGCUGGAGAAGAACCACAAGCUGCAGCCUCUCAACCUGCUAGGUGAGCUGCAGUUUGCCUUUGUGUGUUUCCUGAUUGGAAAUGCAUAUGAGGGCUUUGAGCACUGGAAGUGUCUCCUAGCUCUGCUGUGUCGAUCAGAGGAGGCAAUGCGAAAACGUAAGGAGCUCUACCUGGGGCUCAUCGCUGUGCUUUACCACCAGCUCGGAGAAAUCCCGCCUGACUUCUUUGUCGACAUUGUGUCUCAGAACAACUUCCUCACCUCCACACUGCAGGACUUUUUCCAGUUUGCCAGCGGACCCGGUGUAGACGGCACACUGCGCAAGAGAGCGGAGAAGUUCAAAGCUCACCUGACCAAGAAAUUUCGCUGGGACUUUGAUGCAGACUUGGAUGACUGUGCCCCUGUGGUGGUGGAGCUGCCCGAAGGUGUUACAGUGGACUGAAAGGAGAGCAGUGAAGCCUGAUAUUUACCACCAUAUCCAAAGGUUCUCAGAAGGCUUGAGGAAACUUGAACAACCCGGCCUCUGCAGUGCCACAGUCCUCCAAAUGACCACACACUCUUGGUUUCAGUAAAACAAGUAGUUCUCUAACAGUGUGUUGAGGGUGUUACAUGUGGGCUGUACAACAUCUUCUUAUAAAUGUACACAAUUUGUACCCUGUUAUGAAGAAAGCAAAUGUUAUUAAAUCAUCAAGUGUUAAUUAUGGCAGAGCUGCAUUAUUCUAAAUGUCAGUGGUGCCCUCUGGUGGUGAUUUUCUCUAAGCUCAGCGAGCAAGUUGUCUUGCAUUGCCUGACAGUUUUAGAACCCUAGUUGUAACACAUAUAUUGCCAAAAUCAACCCCCUAGUUUUUUAAAUCUCACUGUAGUUUGUGUAGUUAGUGUAAACAAAGUCAUACACAGAGCUGUUAGCUUCAUUAGUGAUGGAGAACUUAAAUGUUCAGCAGAAUUGCCACAUAAUAACUGCAUGGAUGAAGACGUGUGAUUACUAUUACCUGUUAAUUUUAACUGUUUGAGAAUUCUAGUUAUACAGGAUUUUGCUAGAAGAAAACAAAAGUAUACUAUUGUGAGACUGUAGUGGUUCUAUACAUUUAUUAAAAAUAAAUAAUGUGAUAUGUUGAUAAAUUCUUUUUGUUGCACACUGUUUAGAAAAUGACAGUCGUGGUUUGUAAUGGUAAAUUGGUCAAACAUAAAGAGCUAUUUUCUUCAAAACUUUUAAAAGUUGUACUUUUCUAUGAUUUAUUGGAUCCAAAUUCCCUUCAAUAAAAACAACACUUUUGAUACAAAA